UUGGGUUUAAUAGCUAUUACAUGCAUUGUUUAUCCAAACAAAUUAAACAAGAGCCAUGAGAUCUUUAACUUUUGAUAGAGUAUGCCCUUUAAUUUACUGUCUUCUCUUGCACGUUCACCUACUUUCAUCACAAAAUUACUUUCCACAUUUUGCUUCUGCUAGUUCAACUACUGAAGCGGAGGCUCUUCUCAAAUGGAAAGCCAGCUUUCUAAAUCAAACAUCUCAUAAUAACCAGCUCGAGGAUUGGAUUUACCUUCCCAAGAGUUCUGAUACCAAUGCCACCAAUUCUUCCAGCACCCCCAAAGCAAACGGAAGCCCAUGCAUUUGGACUGGUAUUUCAUGCAAUGCUGCUGGAAGAGUCACCAACAUAACCAUUGCCAGUUCCGGAAUACAAGGUAUGCUACAUGAAUUUUCAUUCUCAUCCUUCCCCUAUCUUGAAUAUCUUGAUCUCAGCUUCAAUAAACUCUUUGAUGUUAUCCCACCUCACAUCAGUUUCCUCUCCAAACUCUUUCAUCUUGACCUCUCCAAUAACCAGUUAUCCGGGAGAAUUCCACCAAAAAUUGGUCUUCUCAGAAAUCUUACCUCUCUCCAUCUCCACAAAAAUAAUCUUUCUGGUGUUAUUCCUCCUUCAUUAGGGAAUCUGAAAUCGCUUGUGAAUCUAUCAGUGAGCUAUAAUCUACUCAAUGGUUCAAUUCCAGCAUCACUUGGUGAUCUCAUAAACAUUACCAUACUCUACCUCGGUAAAAAUAAUCUCUCUGGCACCGUUCCAAAAGAGUUAGGGAACCUAAAAUCUUUGGUGGACCUAGAGUUGAGCACCAAUCAACUCAGUGGUUCAAUUCCGAAAACGUUGGGUGAUCUGACCAAACUUACCACUCUUUAUCUCCAUACAAAUAACCUCUCUGGCCAUAUUCCAAAAGAGUUAGGGAACCUGAAAUCUUUGGUGGAUCUACAGUUGAACACUAAUCAACUUAGUGGUUCAAUUCCAAAAACAUUGGGUGAUCUGACCAACCUUACCACUCUUUAUCUUUAUUCAAAUAAUCUCUCUGGGACCAUUCCAAAAGAGUUAGGGAACCUCAAAUCUUUGGUGGAUCUACAGUUGAACACUAAUCAAUUCAGUGGUUCAAUUCCGAAAGUAUUGGGUGAUCUGACAAACCUUACCACUCUUUAUCUCUACAGUAAUAAUCUUUCUGGUGUUAUUCCUCCUUCAUUAGGGAAUAUGAAAUUGCUUGUGAAUCUAUCAGUGAGUUAUAAUCUACUCAAUGGUUCAAUUCCAGCAUCACUUGGUGAUCUCAUAAACAUUACCAUACUCUACCUCGGUAAAAAUAACCUCUCUGGCCAUAUUCCAAAAGAGUUAGGGAACCUGAAAUCUUUGGUGGAUCUACAGUUGAACACUAAUCAACUUAGUGGUUCAAUUCCAAAAACAUUGGGUGAUCUGACCAACCUUACCACUCUUUAUCUUUAUUCAAAUAAUCUCUCUGGGACCAUUCCAAAAGAGUUAGGGAACCUCAAAUCUUUGGUGCAUCUACAGUUGAGCAUCAAUCAACUCAGUGGUUCAAUUCCAAAAACAUUGGGUGAUUUGACCAACCUUACCACUCUUUAUCUCCAUACAAAUAACCUCUCUGGCACCAUUCCAAAAGAGUUAGGGAACCUCAAAUCUUUGGUGGAUCUACAGUUGAACACUAAUCAACUUAGUGGUUCAAUUCCAAAAACAUUGGGUGAUCUGACCAACCUUACCACUCUUUAUCUUUAUUCAAAUAAUCUCUCUGGGACCAUUCCAAAAGAGUUAGGGAACCUCAAAUCUUUGGUGAAUCUACAGUUGAACACUAAUCAAUUCAGUGGUUCAAUUCCAAAAGUAUUGGGUGAUCUGACCAACCUUACCACUCUCUAUCUCUACAGUAAUAAUCUUUCUGGUGUUAUUCCUCCUUCAUUAGGGAAUAUGAAAUUGCUUGUGAAUCUAUCAGUGAGCUAUAAUCUACUCAAUGGUUCAAUUCCAGCAUCACUUGGUGAUCUCAUAAACAUUAACAGGCUCUACCUAGGCCAAAAUAACCUCUCUGGCACCAUUCCAAAAGAGUUAGGGAACCUCAAAUCUUUGGUGGAUCUACAGUUGAGCAUAAAUAAACUCAGUGGUUCAAUUCCAAAAACAUUGGGUGAUCUGACCAACUUUACCACUCUCUAUCUCUACAGAAAUAAUCUUUCUGGUGUUAUUCCUCCUUCAUUAGGGAAUCUGAAAUCGCUUGUGAAUCUAUCAGUAAGCUAUAAUCUACUCAAUGGUUCAAUUCCAGCAACACUUGGUGAUCUCAUAAACAUUAACAGGCUCCACCUCGGCCAAAAUAACCUCUCUGGCACCAUUCCAAAAGAGUUAGGGAACCUCAAAUCUUUGGUGGAUCUACAGUUGAGCAUCAAUCAACUCAGUGGUUCAAUUCCAAAAACAUUGGGUGAUCUGACCAACCUUACCACUCUUUAUCUCCAUACAAAUAACCUCUCUGGCACCCUUCCAAAAGAGUUAGGGAACCUCAAAUCUUUGGUGGAUCUACAGUUGAACACUAAUCAACUUAGUGGUUCAAUUCCAAAAACAUUGGGUGAUCUGACCAACCUUACCACUCUUUAUCUUUAUUCAAAUAAUCUCUCUGGGACCAUUCCAAAAGAGUUAGGGAACCUCAAAUCUUUGGUGAAUCUACAGUUGAACACUAAUCAAUUCAGUGGUUCAAUUCCAAAAGUAUUGGGUGAUCUGACCAACCUUACCACUCUCUAUCUCUACAGUAAUAAUCUUUCUGGUGUUAUUCCUCCUUCAUUAGGGAAUAUGAAAUUGCUUGUGAAUCUAUCAGUGAGCUAUAAUCUACUCAAUGGUUCAAUUCCAGCAUCACUUGGUGAUCUCAUAAACAUUAACAGGCUCUACCUAGGCCAAAAUAACCUCUCUGGCACCAUUCCAAAAGAGUUAGGGAACCUCAAAUCUUUGGUGGAUCUACAGUUGAGUAUAAAUAAACUCAGUGGUUCAAUUCCAAAAACAUUGGGUGAUCUGACCAACCUUACCACUCUCUAUCUCUAUUCAAAUCAUCUUUCUGGAACUAUUCCUAAGGAGAUAGGGAAUUUGAAAUCAUUGGUGAAUCUUGAUUUGAGCAGCAAUAAAUUCAAUGGUUUAAUUCCCACUUCAUUCGGUGACUUGCUUUACUUGGAAAUCUUAUCUCUAGGGGACAACCAUCUUUUUGGCUCUAUCCCAGAAGAGAUCGGGAAUAUCCGGAAGUUAAAAAGUUUGCAAUUAUAUGGAAACCAAUUUUCUGGUUAUUUGCCUCAACACAUUUGCCGAGGCAGAUCACUCACAAAAUUUUCAGCAUUCUCCAAUCAUCUGAGUGGUCCAAUCCCCAAAAGCUUGAAAACCUGCACGAGCUUAAUAAGACUCCGUCUUGAAGGAAACCAAUUGACAGGCAACAUAUCAGAACACUUUGGUGUUUAUCCAAAUAUGUAUUUUAUAGAUUUGAGUCGCAAUAAAUUUUAUGGAGAAAUCUCACAAACUUGGGGAUGGUGCCGAAAUUUAGCGACCCUACAAAUUGCGGGAAACAACCUUACUGGUCCGAUACCACAUGAGAUUGCUAACGCAACCCAAAUUCAUGUGCUUGAUCUUUCUUCAAAUGGUUUAGUCGGGACAAUUCCAAAAGAGUUUGGGGGAUUAUCUUCAAUGGUCAAGCUGAAGUUAGAUGGCAAUCAACUUACAGGUCAUGUACCUUUAGAGUUCAAGUCAUUGGCUAAUCUUGAAUAUCUUGAUCUCUCAGCAAACAAAUUCAAUGAUUCAAUUCCAAGCUUUAUAUGUGACUUUCUCAAGUUAUAUUACUUGAAUUUGAGCAACAACAUGUUCAGUCAAGCAAUUCCAUUUCAACUGGGGAAGUUAGUUCAACUAACCCAACUAGAUUUGAGUUCUAAUGCACUUGAAGGUCAUAUACCAUUAGAUAUUAGCAAAAUGCAGAGUCUGGAGAUGCUUAAUAUAUCCCAUAACGAUCUUUCUGGUUUCAUUCCAACAAGUAUGGAAGACAUGCAUGGGCUAAUGUAUGUUGACAUAUCCUACAAUCACUUGGAAGGCCCACUUCCCAACAUCAAUGCAUUUCAAGCUGCUCCUCGAGAAGCAUUGCAAGGGAACAAAGGCUUGUGUGGCAACUCAACAUUUUUGCAACCCUGCAAUAAACAAAGCCCGAAAAAGGACCAUAAACUCGUACUUCUGCUAAUCUUCCUUAUGCUUGGAGCACUUGCACUUCUAGCCUUUAUAUUUGCAGUAGUAGCAAAAAGGAAAAAGAAGCAUCAGCAUGGAGAAAACGCCAACAUGAAUGAAGAAAUUUCUCUUUCAAUAUUAAAGUUUGAUGGAAAGAAGAUGUUUGAGGAAAUCGUAAGGGCAACAAAAGAUUUUGAUCCCAUGUAUUGCAUAGGGCAGGGAGAACAGGGAAGUGUCUACAAAGCAACUUUGUCAACUGCUGACACAGUAGCUGUGAAGAAACUCCAUCUGUUAUGCGAUGAUGACAAGAAUAUUCAAAAGGAAUUCUUGAAUGAAAUUAAGGCACUAACUAAGACCCGUCACCGAAAUAUUGUGAAGCUUUUUGGUUAUUGUUCACAUAGGCGAUACUCAUUUUUGGUGUAUGAGUAUCUUGAAAAAGGUAGUUUGGCCAGAGUGUUGAGCAAAGAUGAGGAAGCUAAAGAAUUGGGUUGGAGUAAAAGGUUGAAUAUCGUGAAAGGUGUAGCUCAUGCCUUGUGUUACAUGCACCACGAUUGCUUGCCAUCAAUUGUACAUCGGGACAUAUCGAGCAAGAACAUUUUGCUGGAUGCAGAGUAUGGGGCCUGUGUUUCAGACUUUGGCAUUGCUAAGUUCUUAAACCCAGACUCAGCUAAUUGGACUGCCCUUGCAGGCACCUAUGGAUAUGUUGCACCAGAGCUUGCAUAUACAAUGGAAGUAAAUGAGAAGUGUGACGUUUAUAGUUUUGGAGUGGUGACAUUGGAAAUAAUUAUGGGAAGACAUCCGGGAGACCUUCUGUCAUCUUUAUCAUCAGGAUCGUCCUCAUCAACUGCAUUACCUGCCCAUCAAAUGCCAAUUGAGGAUGUCUUGGACCAACGCAUAUCCCCUCCCACUCGAGUUCUGGUUGGAAUUCAAACUGAAGCUUCCAGAAUCGACUAUUCUCGAGCCAAUCAGUCAGGAUUUGUCCUCAACCAUCCGAAUUUCAGGGAUUCCAUCUUUCUCGAACUGGCGGCGAACCCCCCGCGCCACAGAAACCAAAGAAAGAACCCGCCGAUGAUGAAAAGAGGAGGAUGAAAAUAGUGGCCAGAAGCUUGAUGAAAGUAGUGAUCAGACCUAAUGGAGGUGAUUCAACACCUUCAGAUGGUGAUCAGGUUAGGGAAGCCAAUAUAGCACUUGAACUGUGUGUAAAAGCAAAUGGUGGAAGAUAUAUUAAUUUUGUUCGGUCAUUGCACUAUUAGAACACAUUGGAUGGAGUUAUUGUUGAAUCUUCAAGAUCAGAAUUUGGUGCCUUCUAUUAUGGCGGAGAGUGCGGUUCGUUUAGUAAUGGGGAAUAUGUAAAAGCUGGUUUGGCUGAGUUGGAGCAUUGGAGCUAUAAAGCAACAGAUGAGGUUCAGCUUAGGAUGAACUCAAGCAUUUCAGGCAAGCCAUUGGAUCCCUGAUAGAGUAAGAUCUACAUGAUUGCUGCUAAGAAGUCUUCAGCGAAAGUUGGUGACUACGAACAUAACAAAAUUCAGCGGCUUCAACGCAUUGACAAAAAGUCUUUAGCACUACAGAAUGGUUGAAAUGAAACUUCAACCUCAACAGAAGGAGGGUAUUCUGUUAUGUUGAUGAACUGAUGUAGAGCCUGAACAGGAGAAGGUGUCCGAGCUGCAUGUUCUAUGUCGAAAAGUCGGUUGACUGCUCGUACAUGAAGUGCAGUCUGCAGGUGUGGAUAUGCAUUUUGUUACAAUUGUGUAGUACAAGUUGUUACUCAUACAACUACCUGUCAAAGCUGUCAUAAGUAAUGCUAUUUGGCUUGCUUUUUGUUAAUUGCAAGAUUGCAAAUCUUUUCCGAGUAAUAAGUUCUGUGGUUGGACUGGUAUAAGAAGAUUAUAUGGUUUAAGGAUAUUUUUGACAUUGCUUCUUCAUAUAUUAAGUGAUUCCUUAGUUGUAUGUUGGAUA